AUGGUGUAUGAUUGGAAUGGGUUGAAAUUGGAGCUCGAUGAGACUCAUUAUGAAUUUGGGAUAAGUUAUGAGAUAGAAUGUGAGAGUUCCGAGCCUGAUAGAGGUAAGAAAUUGAUUGAGGGCUUUUUGAAGGAUAAUGGGACUGGGUAUUCAUAUUCGGAGGUUUCCAAGUUCGCCGUUUUCCGGUCGGGAAAGUUGCCUCAGUAA